CCUUGGAGUCCUUUUUUGGGAACUGUCAAAUGGUAAUCCUCCCUUUGAAGGUAUAAGCAAUGAAGAAGUAGAAAAAAAAGUAAAGUUAGAUGAGAGAGAAACUCUAUUUCCUAGAACUCCAGAUGACUUUAAAGACCUUUAUAUUAAAGCUUGGGAUGGAGAUCCAGAUCUAUGCCUUACUAUUGAAAAAAUCUAG